UGUGUGUGUGUGUGUGAACCAUAGACUGUAAAAAGAACAGAGUACAGCUUUUGCAUUGUGUGCUAGGCUACGUCAUUGUGAUCCAUGAGAAUUCUCUCCGCUCCCCAUAUCGUCACUCCGGCCGGUCCUCGACUCUGAAACGGCUUCGACUAGACAGUAUCACCAGGUAAAUCUAAUGGGACAAUCAAGGCGUUUGAUUCCAUUUGCCUCGUCGCACUGAGGUUGGAGAGGAGGACAUUAGCCUACCACCCCGAAGUGAAAAUCAAACCCCAACGAAAUGACAACCAAGGAGUCCGAGGAUGUGAGUCUCUCCAUACCACUGUGCAUAUACAACGGGGCUUCCCAAACCAACAGCACCUGCAUGGACCAAAUGGACCGCUUCUUCCAACCGUUCUCCUCGACCUUUGCGCUCAUGGUGCUGUUGGCCAUGAUCAUUGGGAUAAUAUUGGUUUCCCUGGCAGCAUUUCACUUUAACAAGAGGAGGAUGAAGAACAGGAAGAUCCAGCGUGCCCAGGAGGAAUACGAGCGUGACAACCGCAGCCCGUCCACCAAGGCGAAGAGAGAACCCACGAGACCAUGCAUUAUUGUCCGACCGUCGCCUCCAGAUAGCGAACACCAGCCACACUGCGUUGUCCAAAAUACCAGUUGUCACAUUCAGGAGGACCCUGAUACCUUACCCAUUGCAAAGAAUGAGUCAGAAUUGGAUAUGGCACACAUUGAGCAAGGAGAUGGACAAGUCCUGGAAACGGUCGUCUUGUCUUGAUAACGCUGCAGUUGAAAAUGUUGGGACUUUGUAAAUAGACAACAUAUCCACGUUAUCGUUCAGCUGUAACUGACUGAAAGAAACUCUCAACGUCAAUUUGGGAUAAACUGGGAUAAGCAAUAUGGCACAAAAACAAACACUAUGACCUCAAGGAACUAUGUUUGCCAUUUCAUCAUAAAUCACACUCAGUGGAUUAAUAUCUGUGCCACGUUUAUAAAUCGUGUAUAAAAGUAGAAUAAUUCAGUAUAUUAGAAUAUAUUUGUGGGAUAAUUUCAGCAAAGGACCAUUUGGUAAAGUAUUGUAAAUUGAAGAAAGCCUAUGGGUGAAGGAUAAUGAUGUCCACUAGAAAGAGCGCUGUCCAUAUUGCUGAAAUGUAGAUACUGUACAUUCAUAUAUUUCCUUGUGUAGAUGUAAAUUGCUAGUUGUCCUUAAAGUAUUCUAAAGUAUUUAUUUCUACAACUACUAUUCUACUCCUGAACUUGCAAAUUGUAGAAUUAGAUUUCUACCUAAAGGACUAUUCCCACAUGUUCACUCAACCCUUUUAAAAGUAACUGUCCAGUGAAAAUCUCACUUUUAAAAGUUCAUAUUAUGUUAUCUCAUACCCAAAUAAUGUUGUUGACUCAUCCUAUACUCGUAUUUGUGACCAAAGCAUAAAAAUAAACCUCAAACUUGUAUCUCAAACAGACCAUUUUAAAGAAUGCUUGCUAUUUCCUUAUAGAGGAUGAUGUCAUCUUCCUGAGGAGGAUGAGCUGGCCAAUCAACAGUCUACCCGCAUGAAUAUUUUUAAUAGUGAUAUGCGCACCAUUCUGUUGUUGGGGUACACCCACACCAUUCCAACAUAGAAAAACUGCUUUUUAACAUACUUAAUUACACUU